UGCUUUUCUCCUUCAGUCACUACAGUUACAUUUCAUACAAACCAUGGCCAGAUUUUGGUUUGUUACAGAAGUCUUUUUUCCUCUGUCUGCAACCGUCUUUUUACUGGCGUUUGAUUCCAGCCAAACUAAAGUGCCUGGAACUGAAAGUGUUUCUGGAGUCUUCCUAAUUACUGAAGGGGGAAACUACACCUUCAACUUCACCACUGCAAAAGCCGCCUGCCUGUUUCGGAAUGUCACCAUAGCAACCAGGGUCCAGAUGCUGGAAGCCCUACAGCAUGGACUGGAGACGUGCAAAUUUGGCUGGAUAGCUGAACAAGUAGCUGUUGUCCCACGUAUUAUGGGUAAUAAAAAUUGUGGACAGAACAGAACUGGUUUGGUGACAUGGCGAACCCAAGCUGGAAGACUGUUUGGUGUCUUCUGCUUCAAUGCAGCAGAUUUAAACAAAACUUUGACGUCUUCCUCUACAGUAACGGCACUUCCAACUGUCACACCUUUGCUCACGUCAGAAAGCAGACAUCCAUCCUCAGCAAAGCCAACAGCAGCUGAAGUUUCCUCUCCCACUUCACUCUUCACUCAGCUGGACCAGACAACACAUUCGGCUGCUUUGUCCUCCACCACCCAUCCUCUGAAGCAUUUCUCCUCCUAUACUCCUCCUUUCUCCAACUUCAUCACCUCAUCUGUCACUGUCCACAUUUCCCCUUCUGCCUCUGUUUCCUCUACCUCUCUUUUCAGUGAGUCAGUAUUGUCUCCAUCUGUCCAACCUGUGGAGCCUUCUUUAGGAGCUGUACCAAUAGCACUGAUCGUCCUUGGUGUCACGGUGCUGGUGACAGUAGCAGGUGCUGUGUGCUUCUACAAACUGAACAUAUUCUCCUCCUGGUGUGGUGGACAGCAGGAUGACAUAGAGACAGAAAUGUGGAAACAAGGUGACGCUGAGACAGACCUUCACAGCCAUCAUGGAGCUGAAGAAGAAACAAACAGAAUGCUCUCCAAUAAUGUUCUGCUUUUUGAGAAUCCAGAUGUCAAAACAGUGUCUUUGGAGUAGAGUGUAUGAUUUCUGUCUCACAACUCAGGGGGGGGUUUGUGUUGAUGUUUAUUUUUUAUUGCAGUUUGCCACUUUUCUGGUUAUUUUUAAAUUGUAAACCACAUGCAAGUGCCACAGAUAUGCCACUCUGAGCACAGCUGCCAGAAGGAAGAACAUCCAGCCGUAGAUCUUGUGCCAAAACUCAAUGAAGACCAGUAUUGAGUUUGCUGUGGAAGCAACUGGGAGAAGCAGAAAAAUAACCCUAGUGCACAUUUAGUUGACCCAUUCAGUGCUGAACGUGUUGUAUGGGA